UUGAGCAUAUACAUAUAUAAAUGGCCAGAGUAAUGCUAUGAGCAUCAGAGUAGCAACAUAGCUCAGAAGUUCUCAGCUGGAAUAUGUCAUAAUGAAUAUCAAAGGGUUGGUGCUAACCUGUGCAUGCACAGUGUUCCUGUCAGUUGGAGUUCAGAGUGCAGGACCACUGGCUGCAUUCACUGAGCAGAUUCUUCAAGAUGUCACUGCAGCUGACAUAGCCAAGGAACUCAAUGAACUUGCCGAUGGUUUUACGAACCAGUUGAAUACAGACGUGGAGUUAUUCAAGGAGCCAGACGAAACAUUGUGUAAACAUGUCAAGAACAGGCUACAUAAGCUUUCAGUGCAAAGCAAAGUGCAGUACAUGUCCACCAACAACACUGGAUUUAAUGAAAGUGGAACAGAGGUGGUAGAUAGAUUCUUCAAGGACUUGCUUGUAACAGAGUUUUUUGAAGAAGACUCCGAAGCAUUUACUGCUCUCCGCAAUGUAACAAUUGUUCAGAUUUCGUAUCAGUGCAAGCCAGAUCAUGUUCGAAUAAGAUGUGAAGGGUUUGAUAGCUCAAUUGACAUAAUACCCGGGUUGUUAGAGCUGCACAAUAUAUCAGCAGUACUAUUCAUGGAAUCGGAACAGCAGCCCGUGUCAAUAUCUCUGGAUGGGAAUUGGAUUAUCGCUGAUAUGGAAAUAUAUAUAGAAUUAUCGUAUCAGCCAGCCACAAAUGGAUUCUCUAUAUUGCUAGGAACAGAGUUAGAGAGUGUUAUUCUAUCUCAGAGCAUUGAGGUCAUUGCAUCUCAACUGACGACUCUAUCUCUUCGUCUGCCCAAUAAACUCAGAUCUAGACUACAACGAUUCAAAGUUACCGGUACCGUUGACAAUCAAUCAAAUGGUAUUUUGAUCCUGUCAGCAUCUUUUGAUUCCCUUAAUCGAGUUUUCCUGAUCUUGAAGAGAGAUAAUAGUUCGCUAGAAACAGCCAUUGCAGUGGACUUUGCCGGUAUUCUGAUUAGUGAUGUCAUUCGCAGUGUGACAGGACAAUAUAUGUCCUCAUUGUCGCCCCUUGGCACUCUCUCUCUACCAGAGGUAGGCUUUAUCCACUCUACAGGUCCUAUUACUUCUGAGCUAGUAUUUGAAUGUUUUAAUAGUAGCAAAACUUUGCAAUGCUAUGGCGAUGCAAUUCCAAAAGGUGCUACAGGAUUCUUCCAACUUUCUGAAGAUUUAUUUGAAAUAGAAUAUCGUAACAGAACAAUCUUUUUUGCUGCCAAGAAAGGCAAUCACGUGACUGUGAGGACUUUGCUGGAAUCAAUAUCAUCAGUUGAUAUCGUAAAUAUUCAGCUUCCGUCUUUGAUAAGUGACAUUUUAGAUGUAAGCAUCAGAUAUGUCAAACUUGAUCCAGCUGCCUCUCAAAUUUAUAUAUCAGCAGAAUUACAAAGAACAAUAAACUUUUUUAGUGGAAUUAUUUUGAUUGAUACUCCCGCCAUUACUUUGAUCGUCAAAAAAGGGGAUGUGAGUAUUGAAAUACUCGGCAAUAUCACUCUUGCUGGUACUCAGGUUGAAGUAAAGCUCACUUACUCUGCAGACACAGAUCAGUUCAGCGUUUUCAGUGAAUUUAGCUCUACCUCUCUUAGUAUUGGAAACAUUCUUGACAAUUUGACAGCUUUAUCCCUCCCUCUGCCUAGUACGUUCAGCUCAUCUCGACAAAGAUUCAAAAUUGCUGGUAAUUUUAAUGAACAAUCUGAUGGUACUGUGCUUAUAUCAGCUUCUAUUGAUUCUCUUAAUCGUGCAUAUCUGAUCUUACAAAGAGACAACAAUACACUAGACACGGCAAUAGCUGUUGACUUCACUAGAAUUGGUUUUAGCGAAAUGAUUCGUAGUGUGACAGGACAAAACGUAUUGUCAACUAUAGUGCCUUCCAUUGAUUCAAUAGUUGUUGCCGAGACAGGUUUGGCCAUUUCAACAGGCUCAAUUUCUUCAGAGUUAGUUCGUGAAUGCUUCAAUAUUAGUCGAACAUUACGUUGUUUUGGAACAACAAUUCCCUUUGGUUCUUCUGGAUUCUUUCGUUUCUCAAAGAGUAUUAUUUUCCAGAUUGUAAAUCAGAAGAAUAAGCCUUCAUUCACUAUCAAGAAAGGCUCCGUUAGCAUAAGAGACCUAUUGGAAUUUUUCCAUUAUUGGAUGUAUCAAGUGUUCGAGUCCCUUCUGCCAUCAAAGAGAUUUUGAACAUUGCUGUAAAAGAUUUCGGGUUUAACCUUAUUGAAGAGACGACUUUUAUCACAAUUGAGCUUGGUCGAACACUGGAUUUCUUCAAUGGGCUUAUUUCAAUGGAUGCUCCGGUUAUUACUCUAAUUGUUGAUGAAGGUGACGUGAACAUUGAAAUAUUCGGUGAAAUCACUCUUGCUGGUACUCGGGUUGAACUGAACCUCACUUACUCUGCAGACACUGAUCAGUUCAAUGUUUUCAGUGAACUCAGUUCCACCUCUCUCAGUAUUGAAAAUGUUAUUGAGGCACUAACAACCUUAUCCAUUUUGUAAAUUUCUUAGUGUAAUCCUUCCAUCAGACACUGUUUUGUAUUUGGAUUCCACCAUUACCAAUACAAAUGACUUUCAGUUAAUAGCUAGCCUCACUGGGGAUAUCAGUUUAGGGGGGCUAACGAUAACUCACGCAGGAAUGGAGCUCAGAGUGAGUGAUGAGCACACCAGCAUUGGUAUAAUUGGAAAGAUGUCACUACGCAACCCUAGGUUGGAUUUUACAAUCAGAUUGUUUUUAUCACAGACAGGCAUGGCACUAGAAUUGACGGCUGCAGGCUGCUGGCGAGAUGCACUUGGACUACCAAUCAAUAUCUGUAAGGUACGUGGAUCAUUUGGAAUUGGACCUGCUACUGGGAUUACGGAGCUAUCACUGGGAGGAGAGGUUCAUUUAGGAGGAAAAUGUGAUGGGCAAAAUCCAUUAAUAGCAAUUGGAUAUGUCGGAUUGAACACAGUGGAGCCUCAAAAGAACUACUACUAUGCCAGUUUUCCUAAUGGUUUAACAAUUGACUCUCUCCUGCAGAUCUUGUGUAUUCCUAUCAACUCCCUUCCGUCCCCGAUUGCUAAUACUGGAUUUAAACCAGGAUUUACCACUUCUUUUAAUGGCAGUCCACUUCCAAAAGUUUUUCCUGAAAUAGAUUUAUAUAUCCCACCCGGAUUCAAUCUGAACGGUGCUGUUAACAUUUUCGGCUUUGAAGUGAAAGCAAAUGUAUCGAUAAGUCCAUCUGAAGGGAUGUAUGUAUCUAUUGAGCUUGAACCUCUCGAAGUUGGAAACCUUUUUCGCAUGUAUGCCUCUAGAAGUGAUAGAACCCAUGGACCAUAUCUGACAGCAGACCUCAGAACUAAUGGAGUACCAAAAGUGGAGGCUAGUGGCUACUUAUAUGUUCUUGGUUUUUCUGUUGAAGCAAGUUUGACAAUUACGAAAGAAUCGAUGUCAGCUACCAUUAAAGGCCGCAUUUUGAAUAUUGUUGAUGCAGGAAUAACUGUGACUGCUCCUGUCACAGGAAUAUUUUCAUCGGCAGAAUUUGGAGUAAAAGGAUAUUUUAAAAACUCGUUUUUCAACCAAAUUGAAAAAGUGCUAUUGAUAAUGCUGCCGAAGGACUAGCUGAUGUAACAGAUGCAGCUGUGGGUGUCGCUCAAGCAGUGUUUGAUACUGCAAGUGAAGUAUUUGAUAGUGCCUCAGAUGGGCUAGCAGGUGCUAGACGGAGUGUGGAUAGACUUCAAGGAAAAUUCGACGGUGCUGUAAGAGAAGUGAACAGAUUAAUACGGAGAGUCGACAGUGUCUGUAGUACCCGAAGAUGUGGAUCAAUUUGUGUCCCCGGUUGUGGCAGAUGUAGCUGCAGUUGGAGGAGGUGUGGUUGUCAUUGCUCAGGCUGCUACUCACGAAUAACUGACCCUGUCUGUAAGGCUGUUAACGUAGCAUGUGAGGUAGUUAAAGCUCCAAUUAAGAUAUUAUUGAUUGCUGCCCGAGAAACAGUGAGGUUGGUUGGUAACAGUCUAGAUAUAGCCAAAGAAGCCUUUCGUGCGGCUGAGCGUAUUGCUGAUGCUGCAAGUCGUGGAUUAACUCAAGCUUCUGAUUCUUUGGAGGAUGUUAAAGAUGCCUUCAGGGAUGGCAUAAGACUAAUUGCUGAAAUUGCCACUUAUGGAUUACGAAAUCUUCUGGUAAUUGAAGAAAUAACAUUUGAAGCAUCACUAGGUACUGCAAAUCUUGGAAGAUUUGAGAUAUCAGUCACUGUAGUAGUCCUCGGUAGCCGACAGACUCUCAGACUGAGCAUUGAUCUCAACAAUAUUCUAAGGACAAUUACACGUCCUCUGGCUGGUCUGAUUGGAAACAAUAAACUUCUUAACAGCAUUGGAUAAAUCUCUCUCUCUCUCUCUCUACAUGUAUAUAUAUAAUUAUAUAUACACAAGAAAAUGUACUCUUAUAGAUCAUAUAAUUAUUGAUGCACACAAGUGACAUUUUGUAGCUAUACAAGUAUCGUUACACUAUAGUUAUAUUUGUUAUGCCUAUUACCCUGUAUGGUAUAUGUAUAUGCACCCCUGCUGACACAAUAUUAAUUUUGUGCAACUUUUCUAUAUUAGAUUGAUAUCAGAA